AUGCCCGAUUCCUUACCGACCACCGAACCGGAUCUGCAUCUCAACUCCAGGAUUCAAGGUAACAAGAGUCUCUCUCUAUCUUCGACCCCAUGGCUUGUAACUCUGACAUUUUCAAAAGACAGCAUUGAGCAUCCUGCUGCACCCACCUUGCCUCAACCAGACCGUGACUCCCCUCCCACGCAGCAACCAGAACCAGACCCGCAACCGGAAAAAGGUACUCAUGACAACAGCGAGCCUCCAUCCAAGAAGCGAAAACUCACAGGACCUGACCAUCAACCUUCCCCGCGACCAGUCUCUCCUCCUUGGAAACGCGUGGCAGCCGAUGGUCCUACCACCUUCCUGGAGAAUGGCCGUCGAAAAUCCGGAAGAACCAACGUUGUCCCUCUCGCCCUUCAACCCCAGUCGAAUAAGAGGCAGACACGCGCCCAGUUCGACAAGACAAAGAUAGAAUAUGGGAAACAUGCCAAACCCAACUACAACGUAUCGGCCAGACCCAUCAAAGUCGAGCCGCCUGCACCAGCAUCCACAGCGGCAGCACUCGCAAAACGAUCCGACAAGCCAACCGCCAUCAAUGGCGACCUACAGCACCCUCGACCGAAAGAGACCGCAUCCCUCUCCAGACCAACUCGACAGUCAAAUAGGAAAUCAUCAUCAUCCGCCCCACUACGGCCAUCAUUGAAAAGCCCAUCUCAUAAGCGCACGACAAGCUCUCCUCGUGUCAAUGGCACUGCUCAACCUCGCUCAAAUACCAAUGUUGUUGUCAAGAUUGAGCAGGAAAUAAACCGCGCUGCAAGUGAAUCCGACUUAUCCAGCAUCGCGUCUUCCAGACCACCUAGUCCGCCAGUGACAUUGCAACGAGUCAAGUUCCGAGUCAAACUACCCCAAGCUGCCGUCGCAACCCCAGCAAAUAUCCCAAUCUCCAAGAAGUAUUCCUCCUUCAAGGAAUUUCUGGAUCUAGAUGAGCUGGAGCCUAGAGCUGGCGAGGAUCUUUGGACCUCAGAAGAAAUUCACAGUGAAGCCAUCGCUCGUAAUCGAGUCCUCGAGGCUCAACAACCCGGAGGCCUACUGGACAAACAUCUUUCUGAUACGUUACCGGAGAAGCAAAUCGAACCUAGGAAGCAAUACGCUCAUCACGACCAUCUUCUUGCCCAUAUCAUCCAUUUCAGAACACUUCUUCGACAGGAACGCCGCGACCACAAAAGAAAGGCGGAAAUCAUUGCAAACGAAGCCAAGAGGUAUGUCGAAGAAAAGCGUCGGAAAAACAAAGUCAAAACCUCGGAGGAAAUCGAGCAGGAAAAAUUGAAUGCCACCAUAGCUUUGUACCGAAUUGUUGUCCGGGACAUUGACAAAUUGUGGGGUGCGGUAAAAAUCGAGGUUGACGCAAAUCGUCUCAAAGAAUAUGAAGACCAGCAGCAGGCUAAGAUGAAAGGUCAUUUGGCUCGUGUUUUGGACAGGACAGAUCAAAUGCUGAGUCGUGCGAACGAAAUGGAGGAUUCCAUAAUGAACAGCGAUGCAGAUACUGAAGUUUCCUCAAUCGAGCACACCGACACCGAAUCUGAGAAUAGUGAACAGAUGUCAGAAAGUGAAUCGGAGUCAGAAGUGGAAGAAGAAUCCAACAAUAUGGACGCUGAUUUGUCAGUUGAAGAACUAAGGCGCAAGUAUGAAAAUCUCCCAGAUAUCCCUGCAGAAGACGACGAUCUAGCCAAUCCUGCCUCUGACGACGAAACUGCAAAGAGCCUUGCUCCAAGCGAUGACGAAUCGGAUCCCGAAACGGAGAUGGACAGCGAAUUUGACACCGAUGACAGUAACGAGGGUGAGAGUGAACAAGACGACGAUGAGGACGAUGAUGACUCCCGGGGAGGCUUGCUAUCGCUGUUCUUCUCGAAAAAAGAGAUUGAGACCAUGGCACCGGCCGAACAAGAUGAAGCAGAAGCAUUGACUGAGAGCAACGAAGAGGAUAAAGACAUUCCUAAUCCUCCUCUCCUUCAGGUCCUGGAAGAGACAGAAACUCCAAAGACUGACGCACAAAUCGACUCAGAUGAUCCGACUAUCGUUCCGGACGACCCUGCUGCUGAUGAGCAUCUCCCAGAACAGAAGUCUUCAGACAUGAUCAUUGACGAGCCUGAUCAUCCUCUUUUACAUGUUACAAGAGAUGCUGCCAGUCCAGAACCUAGUGCACAGACUUCACCUCAUACCACUGCUACUAAAGUAUCAGACCCAGAUUCAGCCUCAUCAAUCGAUGCUCGUGCUGAGUCUGCAGCUCCCUUGACCCCUUCAGAACUCAAAUCUACUAUCAGAACACCAGUCCCCAGUCUACUUCGAGGAACUCUGCGUGAAUAUCAACAUGAAGGCCUAGACUGGCUUGCGGAUCUUUACGCAAAAGGCAGAAGCGGAAUUCUGGCUGAUGAAAUGGGCUUGGGCAAGACAAUUCAAAGCAUUUCGGUACUAGCCCACCUUGCCGAAGUCCAUGAGAUUUGGGGCCCUCAUCUUAUUGUCGUCCCCACAAGUGUUAUGCUCAACUGGGAGAUGGAAUUCAAAAAGUUCUUGCCGGGUUUUAAAAUCCUAACUUACUAUGGUAACCAGGAAGAGCGAAAACAGAAGAGGAAAGGAUGGAUGGCAGACGACAGUUUCAAUGUUUGCAUCACCUCUUAUCAGCUUGUCUUGCAAGAUGCGAACUCCUUUAAGCGAAGAAGAUGGCAUUACAUGAUUCUCGAUGAAGCGCACAACAUCAAGAAUUUCAGGUCGGAGCGAUGGCAGACGAUGAUGACUUUCAAUACAAGAGCUCGGCUCCUUCUCACGGGAACUCCUUUGCAGAAUAACUUGACUGAGCUCUGGUCCUUACUUUUCUUCCUACACUACGGUCAAGAUACCGAGGGCGAAGACGAUGCAUUCGCUGGACUGAAAGAAUGGUCAGAGUGGUUCAAACGACCUGUCGAAUCAAUCCUAGAACAUGGACGACAAGUUUUAGAUGAAGAAGAUAAAGAGCAAGUCACGAAGCUGCACAAGGUGAUUCGACCCUUCCUACUCCGCCGACUGAAACGAGAUGUGGAAAAGCAAAUGCCCCUAAAGUAUGAACAUGUCGAGAUAUGUCGAUUAUCCAAACGCCAACGGCAGCUAUACGACGGUUUCAUGUCGAGAGCUCAAACUAAAGACACACUUGCCUCAGGCAACUACUUGUCUAUCAUCAACGCAUUGAUGCAGCUUCGAAAGGUGUGUAAUCACCCUGAUCUAUUCGAGACACGCCCUAUCAAUACAUCAUUCGCCAUGUCAAAGUCGGUUGCAGCGGAUUUCGAGAUCCGAGAUCUCCUUGUACGCCGAAAGUUGUCUCUGGACGCCAGAAACGACCUUGACCUGGAUUUUUUGAAGCUCGUGCCAAUAUCACACGAAGGCAUAUCGAUGAUCGAAUUCGUCGAGACUAACAAAAGACAUGCAUACUCCCAAUUCAAGACGUUGAGAGAUUCACAGUCCAGAAGGGUGCGUCGUGGGUUAGCUUGGCAAGGGGAGAAUCGAGAAGGAGUGCUUGGUUCUCUUGAAAACGUUGGGAGAAGAGCUCGACUUCAAGAUAUCGAUCGGACCAUGUACUAUGAAGCCUACCGUCAUCAUCAGCAUCCAAUUUAUGGUCGGGGUCUUCUAGACAAGUUGCUGCUCAAGACCACCAGAUCUCGACUAGCAGGUCUUGCCAAUGAUAGAUCCUCCAGUCCAUGGGUUAUCAACUUGCCGAAUCAGUCAUUAGACCUAGUGCACUCAAUCGCCACUCGAUCAUCCCAGAUGGAACCAUUUGUUCAAAAGUUCGCCUGCCUUACUCCUGCUGUGGUUGCUACCGAUUUAAGCCUAGCUACGGUAACCGAGGAAGGUGCAGUAGCUCUCCGGCAACAACCACAAUCCAGCAGUGGAAAUGAAGACCCUUUCCACCAGGCCAGAAUGAAAUUGUCCAUUGCAUUCCCGGACAAACGCUUAUUGCAAUACGACUGUGGUAAACUUCAACGACUCGACAAGCUUUUGCGACAGCUACAGGCUGGUGGACAUCGAGCUUUAAUAUUCACGCAGAUGACGAAGGUCUUGGACAUCCUCGAACAAUUCCUCAAUAUCCAUGGUCAUCGAUACCUUCGACUCGAUGGUGCAACCAAGAUCGAACAGCGGCAGAUUUUGACUGAUCGCUUUAAUAACGACACUCGCAUAUUGGCGUUCAUCCUGUCUUCUCGAUCUGGUGGAUUGGGAAUCAAUUUGACGGGUGCAGAUACCGUCAUUUUCUACGACCUGGACUGGAACCCAGCCAUGGACAAGCAAUGUACAGAUCGUGCCCAUCGAAUUGGUCAAACACGUGAUGUUCACAUCUAUCGUUUUGUAUCAGAGCACACCAUCGAGUCAAAUAUACUGCGGAAGGCAAAUCAAAAGCAGUUGUUAGAUGAUGUGGUGAUCCAGGAGGGUGAUUUCACAACUGAUUACAACAACAAAUUGUCCUACCGAGACAUGCUGGAUGAUGAAGCAGAGAAUGACGCCGCAGGUGCUGCCAUGGAUAGAGUCCUAGGCAAUGACAAAAACAGCGCGGUUGUACUUGAGCAAGCAGAGGAUCAGGAAGAUCGAGCAGCAGCCAAGGUUGCAGUGAAAGAAAUUCAACAUGCAGACGAGGGAGACUUCGAAGACAAAGCUGUUGCCACUGCUACCGCAACACCGCGCACCAAUGAAGCACAAACUCCAGGACCAUUUGGUGCCACGGAGAUGGCACUUGCGGACGCUCAAGCGGCCGAAAGAGCCUCGAAUUCUCAUCAUAUUGACGAUUAUUUUAUCCGCUUGCAAACCUUCCUCAUGAAAGAUAUCCCACUUGGACCAGGCAAAGAUCAGCGGAAGAAAGGCCGAAAGAGGGAUGAACACCGUAUCAGGAGGGCGAGGUGA